AUGACCAGUUUCUCACUCCAGACUUCAGAGCCUCAUAUCUCCUCAGUCCCUUAUCCCGAGUUGCUCAUCUUUGGCACACCAUUGCCUUUCUGUCGCGCUCUCCAAGAGUGGUUCGAGGCAGAUGAUCUCCACCACAUCACCUUCAUCUACAUUCCAUCUGCUCUGCGGUGGGAUAUCCAUGGUGAGGCACACAAGUAUGUCACUGAACUCAAAGUCAGGGUUGGACGUCGCAAGAUGGACAACUCCAUAGACGCGCUUCACUCCCAAGCAGUGCACUCAGUCCUGGACUCGUGGAGUUCCACUUUCCAGGAUCCAACUUAUCGCGGCUCUGAAUUCUUGGAGCUUCAACGGCCAAUUCAGCCAUUGUACCUCAAUGGGGGACCUUGGCUCUCAACCUUUGGACACAGUAUUACUGAGUUCACUCACGUCUGCUGGUGUAUAACUGGCCACACACCCAUUGGAGUGUACUACCAUCACUUCAAGAUCAACAAGCCUCAUGGAUGCACUUGCGGGGCUGCUUUUCAGUCUUGA